AUGAAAACUCAAUGGAAAGAUUCAGUGCCCGAAAGUGAAGAGGAGAGAUUUAGACAGAAAUGCAAAGAAUUGAAAAAGAGGGUUCUUGAAGUUGAACAAACCAACGAAGUUGCUACAAUAGCAUUGAGUAGGACGCAAGCAUCAAUACGUAGAUUAAGACUCGAAUACGCAAUAUUGAUUGAAAGACUAGAAGAUAGAGCUCAACAUCUACCUGAUGGAGUUACAAAUUUUGAAGAAAUGGCAGGUCCUCCAACACCAAGUAUACUAGAUGAACAUUUAGUAAAAUCAUCCAAAAAUGGCACAAGUAAGAAAUCAACCAAGAAGCUCACAGGAGGUAAACUUACAGGAAAUGUGUCGUCAUCAUCACCAGGAGCCGGACCGGAAGCAAGGAACUUGAUAAAUAAUAUUGCUGGUGCAUCAUCAGCCGAGAAUGCCACUGCAACAUCAACUAACCCUGCAUUAGCCAAGAAUCCUAAGUAUAGAGAUCCUGAUUUACCCAAACGACCAACUAACGCGUAUCUCCUAUUCUGUGAACAAGAAAAGGAACGACUCAGACAGCAACAACAAGAAGAUCCUGAAAAUAAUACACGAGACUUAUCUAAAGCCAUGACCGAAGCUUGGAAAGCUUUGAGUGAAGAAGAUAGGAAACCAUUUUAUAAAUUGUAUGAAGAGGAUAGAGUCAGAUAUCAAAAGGAAAUGGCUGAAUAUAAUCAGAAAAAGGAGGCUGAAAUGGAGCAAGCAGGUGAUGAUGAAGGGGAAGUUGAUACCAAUGAAGGAGGUGAUGACAAUGAAGAUGAGAAUGAGGGUGGAGAUGUUGAGGAAGAAGAAGAAGAUGAUGAAGAAGAAGAAGAAGAGGAGGAGGAGGAGGAGGAGGGGGAAGAGCUGGAACAAAGAAACGGGGAUGAAAGGGAGACAAAGCGACAAAAGAUAGACAAUGGUGUUGAAGUUGGUCACGUUGAACAAACAGAAACUCCAGAAGUCAAAAUAGAAGAGGAAAAGGUAGAGUAG